UGCCUUUGCUGCUGCACGGCCACCUUUUCCUCUCUGCCUCCAGCCCUCCCUCCGGCUGCUCCCCCCGCCCCAGCUGUCCCUCCCACCUGGCCAUGACCGCAGCACCCCCUGGGACCCUGGCCCAGCUCUGAGCCCUGGGACCCUCGGGCCCCUCGCCUGGGCCAUGGCCAACUCGGGCCUCCAGCUCCUGGGCUACUUCCUGGCCCUGGGUGGCUGGGUGGGCAUCAUCGCCAGCACGGCCCUGCCGCAGUGGAAGCAGUCCUCCUACGCAGGUGACGCCAUCAUCACCGCAGUGGGCCUCUACGAGGGGCUCUGGAUGUCCUGCGCCUCUCAGAGCACCGGUCAGGUGCAGUGCAAGCUCUUCAGCGCUGCCCUGUCCGCCCCAGGUCACAUCCAGUCGGCGCGAGCCCUGAUGGUGGUGGCUGUGCUCCUGGGCUUCGUGGCCAUGGUCCUCAGUGUGGUCGGCAUGAAGUGCACGCGGGUGGGAGACAGCAACCCCAUCGCCAAAGGCCGUGUUGCCGUCUCCGGGGGCGCCCUCUUCCUCCUGGCUGGCCUCUGCACUUUGACUGCCGUCUCGUGGUAUGCCACCCUGGUCACCCAGGAGUUCUUCAACCCCAGCACACCCGUCAAUGCCAGGUACGAAUUUGGCCCAGCCCUGUUUGUGGGCUGGGCCUCGGCUGGCCUGGCCAUGCUGGGGGGCUCCUUCCUCUGUUGCACGUGCCCAGAGCCUGAGAGAACCAACAACAGCCCACAGCCCUACCGGCCAGGACCCUCCACUGCUGCCCGAGAACCAGUUGUUAAAAUGCCCGCCUCCGCCAAGGGCCCCCUGGGUGUAUAAUGUCCAGUCCCCAGCCAGGCUCUGUCCCCCCGCCACACCUAGACUAUGUGUUUGGUAUUUUUUGGAAAAGAGAAGUGAAUAUCCAGCCCCA